AUGGACUAAAAUUAAUGGAGCAAAAAAGACUAGCAAAAUUUGGACAAAGAUCUCAACUAACUGGUGGAUAUGCUUCUUGAUAUAGUUGUCCCUCAAAUGAAAUUAGAAGCAUAUAUGUGCACAGAGGUGAAAGAGCAGAUUAUUGCAUCUGUUUUUGAGAUAUUCUACAGAUCAGCCAAGAACAUUCAUUUUGAUGAAGGCAAAAGAUCAGUUGACUCAGAGGUAGCUAUCAAUGCAGUAAUAAAUGCCUUGGAGGAUAUUAUCAAGCAAUGA